ACCAUCUCUUUUUCUUCCGUAGCGUGCCGCGUGUAAAGUUUUUGUUAAGAGAAACAUUGUUUGAAAAUGGACCAUGAUGAUGACCAACAUUUUGAUAUUGGAGAUUCAGGAGCAGCCACUACCUACCCGCUGCAAUGCUCAGCCCUGCGCAAGAAUGGCUUCGUAAUGCUCAAGGGACGCCCCUGCAAAAUCGUGGACAUGUCUACCUCGAAGACGGGCAAACAUGGCCACGCCAAAGUCCAUCUUGUGGGCAUCGAUAUAUUCAACCAGAAGAAAUAUGAGGAUAUUUGCCCCUCCACCCACAAUAUGGAUGUGCCCCAUGUUAAGCGGGAGGAUUACCAGCUCACCGAUGUGAGCGACGAUGGCUACCUCACAUUAAUGUCCGAUAAUGGAGAUCUUCGCGAGGACCUUAAGGUGCCCGAUGGAGCUCUAGGAAUUUCUCUGCGCUCCGAUUUCGAUGGUGGCAAAGAUAUUCUGUGCACCGUUAUGAAGGCCUGUGGAGAAGAGUGCGUUAUUGCCAUCAAAAACAAUGCUGCUCUUGAUAAAUAGAAAAACCCCGAUGCUGAAACAGAACAUUGAAAGAGUAAAGAUGUAAUGAAGUAAUAUCAAUAAAAUGUUUCAACAAUACAA